CCUCUCUAAGCGGUCGUCGCUGCAGACUACCCGCCACCAGGCAAGCACCCAUCCGAAUCGUUGUGCGCUAUCCCUCGUCCGGCGUCCCAUCUGCGCUUCGUAGGAUACCAGUCACACCAUGUGCUGCCCGUCCUGGAUGGCGGCACCUAGGCGGGAAUCAGGGUUCGGCCGCUCAUUAGGCGCUCUGGUGGAUAUCAGCUGGAUUCCUGACUCUUCGUCCUCUCUCCAUAUUAUAGUCCGUUCCAGUCACCUGGCAAGGCCCGGUUUGGCUCCCUCUCUAUUCUCUUCUCCCGCAUCCUGCACACUUACAAGAAUAGUGCUUCGUUGACCGAAGCCGGUCCCGUCGCUCCCCUCCCCCCCCCUUCUUAAUUACCGUUACAUUUUCUGGCGCAGGACGUCUUCCAUCUUACUGCAGUGCCUAUUUCUAUACCUGUGACGCAAAUUCUUACUAUAUUGAUCCUUUCCACAAUAAACAAUCAUGUCCGACCAGGUAUUGCUACCGAGAACCACAUUCCGGCCGCCCUCCCCGCUGGGUCGGAGGAGGCCGGCUCGGACACUUAAUCCUAUAAUGGAGGAGCCGGAGCAGACAAGAGACUCGUUCAUCGAGCGAAGGAGAAACAGGCGGUCUAUCGACAAGAUCGAGCAGUGGCUUUCACCUAUGAGCGACCACUUUCCCACUCCGAGAGGACAACACUUUCUCGCCGCCCCGGUCUUCACCACAACCUCGUCCUGCGCGUCGAGCGACAACGAGCACGAGGCCGACCUUGACAACGACAACGACGACGCCAGCUCGCAGGCUUCUUCAUCAAACCCGUCCCUUCAGUGGAACAACACCAACAACCGAGACAGCAUAAUGACUGAUGUGACCGAGUUUGACGACCUUUACGAUGUUUCCGAUGACGAAAUCACACGAAAGCAACGCCUCCGAGCAAGCGGCAUCGGCCGCCAACGAAGCUCCAAGAGCCUCAGGAGAACAUCCCGGGCCUCGAUGGAGCGGCGGAGGUCACUAGCUCCCCUGGUGAUUCCUGAGGAGGCGACCGUCGCAGCAGCCAAGAAACUGACGUCGCCAAUUCCGCCAACCCCGCCAUCCGCAGUGCUCAUGUCGCCCAGUAUCAAAAGCUUCAUGGAACUGCGCCAGUCCCAGGAUAUCCCUCGCGUUUCAGCACCCCCGUCCCUCGACGGGAGCAUCGGCUCGGAGGAGAUGGCUCAGAUGUCCGCCCCGCCAACCCCGUUGAUCGGAGCGCGGGACAACGAGGACGAAGAGUGGUCAGGGGUCCAUCUCCAGCCAGGAGCUCUCGAGACCCUCCAGGCGCUCUCCGGAAGCGAUUCCGAGUAUGAGGACGAGCCGACCCAGGUCAUCGAGGUACCACAAGAGAUGACCCAGUCGCGCCAGCGGCUUCCUCGUCUCGUUACCGGCGGUGGUGUAACCAGGGCCCCGUCCAACCGACAAUCAUUAGCCGACCUGACAAGGCUCGAUAUCCCGUCACCUGGCGGAUUCUUCUCGGACCUUUCGUCUGCCAGCCGUCGCACCUGGAAUAACAGCCAACCGGACGAAGCCAACCCGCCUACUUCGACAACCGCCGAGAACUUUUACAAGGUCCCCUGGGGCCGAUCUACGGAUAGGAUCCCGCCCCCACCACCGCGGCCCCUUCAUCUCGACGACCUGCCAUCCGCCAUUGUCGAGCGUGUUAUCGAGUUCCCCGUGAACGAGUACUCCGGAGACCUUCCGACCGCAAUUCGGGUAGAGGAGACUCCGGUACCCAUCACCGCCCGCCGAGUGCCACCCACUCCGAAGCACGCUAAUGCUCCGGCCUCCGAGGUGGUGGUCGAGGAACCCUCCUCCCCAGUCGAUGUGAAUGAAAUCAUUGCCGAGUAUGAUGCCGAGUACAUCACGAAGCAGGAGGAGAAUGCCAUCUCACACAUCAACCGCACGCAGAUGUGGUUGGCUGCCCAGCGAUCCUAUCUCCAAGGGGUCGUGGGGUUCUCUGAGGAGAACGAAAGCUCCGAGGAAUCGGAGCAUGAGUCCGAGACAGAAGAGAAAGUUGAGGUGCCGUCUGCGGCCACCUCUCCCGAAAUCGAACAGGAACAGACUGAACCCAAGAAGAAGGCGGUCCGCUUUUCCGAGGUUGUCGUCAAGAAGGACAUCCCCUGCAACCUGCCUUCAAAGCUCGUCCGCCAGGAGUCGUCCUAUUACCGCGCCUUCACCGAUUACACCGUGAGGGCCUGUGCCUCUGACGUCUUUAUCCACCGCCAGCCGCGCUUUGAAGCCCUUCAGGCUCAGCGUGUCUGCCUCAGGGAUGCCCACCGCAACCAGCUCCUCGGAAAGUUCCAGCUGUCGGUGGUGCCGCAAUCGGCCAAGAAGCGCAUGAGCACCAACGUCGUCCGUGGUGACGACGUCGUCGUCGACGACCCGGAGAAGCUCCGCGCCGACAAGGAAGCCGAGGCCCUCUCGCAAAUGCACCUCGCCACCUGGCAGGUCGCCGCCACCAAACUGCUCAACGGCGGCCGCCUCAUCUCCGCCCCCGUGGGCAAGCGCCUUGCCCGCCAAAGCUACAUGGCCGGUGCCUGCGACUGGGCGUGGCACGCCGCGCUACAGUACCCCAACACCAAGAUCUACACCGUCACCACCAAAUCCAUCCGCCAGCUGAGCAACAGCAACAUCCGCGGCCCGCCCAACCACCGCCAAGUCGCCGUGGCCACGCUCUCCAAGCUCCCCUUCGACGACGACCAGUUCGACCUCAUCUCCGCACGGGAACUACACGCCGUCCUCAAGCUCUCGGGCGAGAACGGCGCGGACGAGUGGGACGCCUGCCUGCGCGAGUGCAUGCGCGUGCUUAAGCCCGGCGGCUACCUCGAGUUCGGCCUGCUCGACGCCGACAUCGUCAACGCGGGGCCCCUCGGCAACGCAAAGGCCGUCGAGUUCAGCUUCGCCCUGCAGACCCUCGGCUACGACCCCAACCCCACCCGCUCCUUCCUCGGCCGCCUCACCGCCGCCGGCUUCGACGAAGUCCGCCGCGCCUGGGUGUGCCUCCCCGUCGGGCCCAAGCGGCCCCCGCGACCCGCCGCCGCCGCCACCACCACCACCACGACCUCAACCCGCGACUCGACCUCCGGCGCAUCAGUACGCGUACACCAGCUCGACGCCAUCGUGUCGGGCUCGGCCGAGAACGCCGCCGCCGUCACGGGCGUCGCCGCCGGCUGGAGCUGGGAGCGGUGGCUGCUGCGGGCCGAGACGGAGAAGGCCGCGGGCGAGCUGCGGCUGGCCGACACGGUGACCCCGGGCGAGGCCAUGCGCGAGGCCGGCAAGAUGAUCGCCGACGUCCACGCCGUCGUCGAGGAGGGCCGCCUGCAGGGGUCCUGCUUCCGCACCCUGCGCGGCUACGCGCGCAAGCCGAGGCCCGGGGUUGUUGUUGGUGGUGCUGGUGGUCGUCGUGGUGCGCCUGCUCCUCCCACUGGCCCGCCUCCGGCCGUGCCUGUUGCGCCGGUGCCGGUGGUGGAGGAGGAGGAGGUGUUGUCGCCGGCUGUGCAGAUGAUGGAAACGGUGGGGCUGGAUCGCAGUGGGUCGAUUCGUAUCUUUUUGGAUACCGAGUCUUUGAUGGGUUAACUACCCUACCUACCUACCUAGCGGGGUGGGUGUGUUUGUGAAUGGGUGGGUGGUGUCUAUGGGGCAUAAAACGGGGUGUCGGCCGGUUGCCAUUCUUCUUCUCUUCUCUUCUUCUGUCGAGAGUAACUACCCUUUCGGGAUUUGGUGUUUUCUUUUGUUGCUGUAUAUGUCGCUGCCACAUAAAUCGUUGUCAUCGCCAUCGGGAUACCCGGGGGCAAAUAUAGGCUAGGCUGAUACCCAUUACAAUGAUUUCACGCGGAA